AGUAUAUGAUUCAUUUUUAAGUAAAGACAUCACUGUUGGAUCUCUCCAACCCCUCAGUAUCCCGUCCACGCCAUUCUAUCAAAACUCAGUAGCUUAGGCCUUGGGGUUUAAUGUUGCACGGACUUGGUGGGGUUUUGCCCCUACGAUCGGUAAGAAAGUUGGCACCAGAAUUCUUACAGCUCUAUUUCUCAUAAGAAACAGAAAAGAAGAGAGCAUUUAUUAAGUUGGGUUUGAUGCUUUGAACUACUUACUUGAAUCUGAUAAUAUCUCCUCGGCCUUUGUUUUAUGAGUUAUUGUUUCGCUGAUUCACGAAACAAUGAAGUUUGUUGCACUUGUGAAGUCCAUUCGUGCCCGUUCUACUCUCCAUGAAGUAACUAAUCCUUUACAGGUUCGAUUUUUCCAGCAUGAUUUUGUUCCUAGAGAUCCCAAGGCCAAGCCCAUAAAGUAUAAAUAUCCGGCGUUUUAUGAUCCAUAUGGCCCUAGGCCUCCACCUUCUGAUAAAACCAUUCAACUUGCUGAAUGCAUUGCUGCCUUAACCCCUGAGGAGCGACGUCAAAUUGGCCCUACUCUACAAUACAAGUUAAUGCUUCCAAAACUUAAGCCAAUUUCAACAGAAGGUAUGGACUUGGGUCUCCAAGGUGCACCAGCUGCUGGAGCUACAAAGGUGGAGGAGAAGAAGGAGAAAACAGCAUUUGAUGUGAAGUUAGAGAAGUUUGAUGCAGCAGCAAAAAUCAAGGUGAUUAAACAGGUGAGAGCUUUUACUAAUUUGGGUUUGAAGGAGGCCAAAGACCUGGUUGAGAAGGUACCUGUUGUGCUUAAACAAGGCCUCACAAAAGAGGAAGCAAAUGACGAAAUUGAGAAGAUAAAGGCUGCUGGAGGAGUUGCAGUUAUGGAGUGAUAGCUUGAGUUGGUUGUAUUAUUGGUUCUUGGUUCUGUUUUAAUGGGUGCUAUUGAAUGGAAUUCGACUGAUACACCCAUGGCAUCACAAUGUGAGAUAUGUUUGCUCAGAUAAAUUGCAAUUUUUUAUUAUUGAUAUGAUUCAAUAAUUAGUUUGACUUAUUUGGCUACUAAUGUGGAAAAUUUAUUUUCUGGUUA